UAGAUAGAUAGAUAGAUAGAUAGAUGAUUGAUAGAUAGAUACAUACAUCCAUAUACAUGCAUACAUAGAUAGGUGGAUGGGUGGAUGGAUAGAUAGGUAGAUAGAUGAUAGGUAGAUGAUUGAUAAAUGAUAGAAAGAUGUAAAAGAUGUAGAUAGGUGAUUGAUAGAUGACAGAUAGAUAGAUAGAAAGAUAGAUAGAUAGAUAGAUAGAUAGAUAGAUCUUGAGUUUUCGAUAACUUCUCAGCCAGGCAGCAGGAAGCUGAGGAAGGACUUCCUGCAAAUCAAUAUCUAAGAUGCAUAGGGAGAAUGUACAAAAAAAAAAGAAAUAAAAGUGUCUGGCCAAUGUCAGAUGCCAUAGAAAAGUGGGAGCACGGGAUAGGAUGGCCCUGUAAUUACAAUAAACAGAUUUCAUGUUACCGUUCAUCCAGCAACAAAUCCAUACAGUUCUAAUUCAAUCAUUUCAAUUUAAGCCUUAUGAACCAGGGUCGAUUCAUGGUAUUGGUAACAGUUCCGGGGACUCUGACAGCAGUGACAUUUUAGAGAAAGAAAUGCCAGGGCACGCCUGGAAGAGAUCGACAUUUGAUCCUGCACAUUGUCGCUAACACAUGUGAGCGCUAAUGGGUCCGUUCUGCUUUGCUUCUGCCAUGCAAUUUUUAUUUUUUUAAGUCUAGUUAGCAUCCUUUGUCAGCAAUUCUCCCCGGCUUUGCUUGGUAAUAACUCUCUGGUCCUUAUGGCAUCCACAUCACGAUUACUUAAAUACUCGAACGGAGGAACAAUUAAGCCUCUGCUGAAACCCUAGUCCAGUGGGAGAUAUAGGGUUACUUCCUUGGGUAACACACUCUGCUCUGUCGAGUCAGGGGAAGAUCACCUGCAGAGGCUGGGAUGGGCAUGUAGUAAACACAAGCUGAGGAGGCAGGCACUGAAGGAGGAUGAGGAGAUGGACUGGAAGUCUUGACUUGGUGUGUAUGGAGCAGGCUAUCGCCGAGUGUCUGAAGAUGUCCACUUGCCCUACUGCUGCCCAGAGCCCUGGGGGAUGAUCUGCACUCACUAGCAUGCCUGGAUGGUUCAAAAAGGCGUGGUAUGGGCUGGCGUCUCUACUCAGCUUCUCUUCCUUCCUUCUGAUCAUCGUUGCCUUGGCUGUGCCCCAUUGGUUGAGUGGGAAGAUCCUGUGUCAAACUGGAGUGGAUUUGGUCAAUGCCACAGACCCAGAACUGGUCAAAUUCAUCGGGGACAUUUACUAUGGGCUCUUCCGAGGUUGUAAAAUACGGCAAUGUGGGCUCGGGGGCCGCCAGUCCCAAUUUACAAUCUUUCCACACCUGGUGAAGGAGCUCAAUGCAAGCCUCCAUGUCACGAUUCUGCUGCUCCUCUUCCUGGCCUUGGCCCUGGCUCUGGUCAGCAUGGGCUUUGCUAUUCUCAACAUCAUUCAAGUCCCCUACAGGGCAGUCAAUGGCCCUGGUGGCAUCUGCCUUUGGAAUGUCCUGGCAGGUGGAGUCGUGGCACUAGCCAUCGGCAGCUUCAUGGCUGCAGUGAAAUUUCACGACCUGACAGAAAGAAUUGCCAACUUCCAGGAGAGGCUCUUUCAGUUUGUCGUGGUGGAAGAACAGUAUGAAGAGUCAUUUUGGAUAUGCGUGGCGAGUGCAUCGGCCCACGCGGCAAACUUGGUUGUGGUGGCAAUCAGUCAAAUUCCCCUCCCAGAAAUCAAGACUAAAAUGGAAGAGGCCACCGUUACCCCCGAGGACAUUUUAUACUGAUAUCCGGCUCCUGCCCACACCUUUCCCUUAAUCAGUCUGCGACAUCAAUGGGGGUUUCUGCUUUUUCCAGCCUUCUCGAUCCAAGUGCUCUUGGUAGUAAAAGGAAGGCUGUGGGGGAUUAAAGAGUUGGCUGGGCCAGAAAGGAAAAACUCUCGAUGACCCGGGUGUUUCUUUUUAAUGACCUUGGAGCUGAACCGGUCAGCUGUGUCUGACACUGGACAAUUCACUUAUUGACUACUUCUCAGUUCCCUCAUCUGUCAAAAGGGGGUAAUAACCACUUCACAGGCUUGGUUGUGAGGUGCCAAUGGUGCUGUUGGGGAUCUCUGCAAAAGCAAGGUCACAUAAACUCCAGGAAGACUCAGUAGAGCUUGUUCUCUAUAGUGUUGGAGGUGUGCAAAGAAACUAUGAUCAUGCCCCUGUCCUCGAGAAGUAAGAACGUAUCCACGUGACACAGAAAUCAACUAACAACAAUAACACUAGGAAUGGGAAUGACUGUGGGCUUCUG